UCCAGCACCGCACUACAACAAGGGGGCAUCCGCUCCGGACAUAGCCUACACAUAAGACUGACGUUGCCGAAAUUGACCGGCGAUACCUCAUCCGAGGUGAUAUCAGUUAUAAAAACAUGUAACUCGCAGCUCGGUUGGCCCUCACCAACCCUCUCACAAUGGAGGCCCCACAAACCAUCUCGCGCUACAACGUAGCUCGCCGCCUUUCGAAGCGGGGGCUCCUCAUCGCAAUCAACUGCGUCGCGGGCCUCUCUAUCUUCUUCUUCGGUUAUGACCAAGGCAUGAUGGGAGGCGUCAACACAUCGGAAGACUACAUCAAGCGCAUGGGAUUCGGGUACACGCACAUGGUUGACGGGCAUCCGACGCCCGUGGUUACCGACUCGCUCCUCCAGGGCGGCAUCGUGUCGGUGUACUACCUCGGAACGCUCGUCGGGUGCAUGGUCGGCGGGCUCGUCGGCGAGCGGUACGGGCGUAUCCGCACCAUCGCGUUCGGUGCCGUCGUCGCCAUCGUCGGUGCGAGCCUGCAGUGCUCGGCGAUGAACAAGGAGUGGAUGAUCUGCGCGCGCCUCGUCAACGGCUGGGGCACGGGCAUCCUCAACUCCAUCGUGCCUGUCUGGGCGACCGAGACGUCGGACCAUACCUCUCGUGGCCAGUUCAUCGCGAUCGAAUUCACGCUCAACAUCUUUGGUGUUGUGGUCGCGUACUGGAUGGAAUACGGGCUCUCGUUCAUCGACGGUGGCCGCUCACCCUUCCGCUGGCGUUUCCCCGUUGGCUUCCAGAUCAUCCUUCUGCUAGUCCUCUUGGCGGUUGUCUGGUUCUUCCCCGAGUCGCCACGCUGGCUGACCAAGGUCGGCCGCGACGACGAGGCGCGGUACAUCCUCUAUCGGCUCCGCGGGAACAAGGAGGAGGCCGACUCAGAGUAUGCCGAGAUCAAGGCCGUCCUCGCCGACGAGACGACCCACAAGAUCCCGACGAGCUACUUCUCGAUGAUCACCGGCCGUGGAUCGGGCGACCUGCAUAUUGGCCGGCGCGUGCAGCUCGUCAUUUGGCUCCAGAUCAUGCAGGAGUGGGUCGGCAUUGCCGGCGUCACCAUUUACGCUCCGACCAUCUUCAGCCUGGCAGGUUUCGACUCCAACAAGGCCCAGUGGAUCAGCGGCCUCAACAACAUCUUCUACAUGUUCUCAACCCUCAUCGCCGUCUUCACCAUCGACCGCAUCGGCCGCCGGUGGACACUCUACUGGGGCUCCGUGAUGCAGGGCAUCGCCAUGUUCCUCUGCGGUGGAUUCACGCGCCUCGGUCUCAACGUUAGCGCCGAGGGCGACACGGCCGCCGCGGCCAGGUACGGCAUCGCUGCCGCGUCCAUGGUCUUCCUGUUCACCUUCGUGUUUGGCGCAACGUGGCUCACUGUGCCGUGGUUGUACCCGGCGGAGAUUUUCCCUCUCGCCGUCCGUGCCAAGGGCAAUGCGCUCGGCGUCGUCGGGUGGAGCAUCGGUAACGGCUGGCUUCAGGCGCUCCUCCUUCCCGUGUGUUUUCAGCACAUUGGCGAGAAGACGUACUACCUCUUUGGAAUUGCCAACGUUCUCUCCAUUCCAAUUGUGUGGGCCUUGUACCCCGAGUCCAACCAGCGCACACUCGAGGAGAUGGACCUUCUCUUCGCCGCCAAGACGCCGUGGGCUUGGGAUGCCGAGGCGACGUUCAAGCGCCUCAAGGCCGAGCGACCUGAUAUUUCUCACGACGCACACCGUGUGCGCAGCAGAGGCGAUACUGAGGCGAAGGGAAGCUUUGAGCACGACCACCUUUGAGUGGUAGCUUGGGAGCGAGUCGCGCGUGGUUCCUGUUGGAGAGUAUCAAGGAUUCAUCGCAGUUGUACGGUGCGGAGAGGGAAGAAAGACUUGACUAAACGAAACAACAACGCAUUCAGACACAGCGGCUCGGAUGAUGCUAUGAAUCAAGUGCCCCUCAAUUGAGGUACCAGUGAGGGUAGC